AUGAGCCUUCACGUACCACAACAGAAAAUCCCUUAUUCUGAUCAUACGAUCCAAAGAAUAGACCUACCUUCAUCUAAUCCAAAGACUGCACCCACUUGGGAAGAACACAUUAAGAUGUGUAAUCAGUCAACUAGAAGUAUUAUACGUUCUUCUAUUCGUCGAGAUACAGAUAACUUAACAAAGAAUAAUCAGCGAAUGCCUUAUAAUACGGAUAAAACAGAAUCAAAUUUUAAAGACUCUGUUGAUGAAAAUGGUGACGAAUGUCUUAUUGAACCAAAUGAAAAGUAUCCUAUUAAUAUAAAUGAUUUUGACCGUAGUUCUUCGCAGGAAUCUCAAGAAGAGAAUGAUGAUUAUGAUGAACAUUCUAAUCGAGGCCUCAGAGAUAGAGAUGAACCGCCAAGUAAGCGUCAAAGGUUGAUAUACGAUUCAAAUUAUACAGAAGCUCCAGAUUGCAACGGCGAAAAUGUUGAAUCAACUGAACAUAUAUAA